GCAACACUUGAAAAGCCACCAAACCAUUCUCACUUCAGCAUGAUCCCUGAGGAGCUCCUGGGUCAGCAGUCAGUUCUCGCAUUACGUCGUCAGCAGCUUGAUGAGCAAGCACGAUCAAAAGCUUCGAGUACUGGCAACACACCUAUUAUCAAUGUCAACUUUCCUCCAGAGCUUUUUCAAUCUCUCCGUGCACUAGAACCUGCUCUUGCUCAAGCCCCUGCUACUGCUCUUCCUCCUGUUCCUCACCCUCCUGCCUCUGUGGUUACUACAUCUUUAUUGUCUCCAGCUCAGCUCGCAGCACCUGGCCCUCGAAUGUCUCUCACUGACUUUUGUGUUGCCUAUGAAGUAUCCGAAACACUUCAAGCCAAGCUUCUUCAGAACGGCUUUUCUUCAUCACACUCCUUCCGUUUUACCUCAUUGGAAGAUCUGGAGUCGAUUGGGCUACUUCGGGGUGAGCUUGCACAGCUUAGAGACGCUGUUUCACGUUGGUGUGGGGAGUAG